AUCCCCACGCUCCCGGCGGGGCCCCGAGCCGUUUGCGGCCUCUACACCGCUCGCCGGCGACGGCCGCGGGAAAUGGCGGCGCUGCCAGACCUCCCCUUUCCCCGCCUUGGCCUCCCUGGACCUCCUCCUUCGCCGACCCUGCGCCCCAUGCGCUAAUGCCUAAGUCAAAGGAACUUGUUUCUUCAAGCUCUUCCGGCAGUGAUUCUGACAGUGAGGUUGACAAAAAGUUAAAGCGGAAAAAGCAGGUUACUCCAGAAAAACCUGUAAAGAAGCAAAAGACCGGUGAGACUUCAAGAGCCCUGUCAUCCUCUAAGCAGAGUAGCAGCAGCAGAGAUGAUAACAUGUUUCAGAUUGGGAAAAUGAGGUAUGUCAGUGUUCGAGACUUUAAAGGGAAAGUCCUAAUUGAUAUUAGAGAAUAUUGGAUGGAUCCGGAAGGUGAAAUGAAACCAGGAAGAAAAGGUAUUUCUUUAAAUCCUGAGCAAUGGAGCCAGCUGAAGGAACAGAUUUCUGACAUUGAUGAUGCAGUAAGAAAACUGUAAAAUCAGAGCCAUAUAAAACCUGUACUGUUCUAGUUGUUUUAAUCUGUCUUUUUACAUUGGCUUUUGUUUUCUAAACGUUGUUUUCCAAGCUAUUGUAUAUUUGGAUUGCAGAACAAUUUGUAAGAUGAAUACGUUUUUUUUUAAUGUGCAUUAUUAAAAAUGUUCUGAGUGAAGCUAAUUGUCAACUUUAUUAAGGAGGAUUGCUUUGUGCCCACCACCUAGUGUAAAAUAAAAUCAAGUAAUACAAUCUUAACUGUUGUGGCCUUUUUUGAUCAAAGGAGUUGGUACUGUUUAAGGCCAAAAGUAACAGUUUAUAGACCUGUUAAUUUCAACUUGGCUUUUACAUUCAAAAGGAUUUGUAUUGCAUUGGAUUUAUAAACUCUGACUUGUAAAAUCCGUAGUUGAUCUGUUUUCUUCCAGCCCAAUGUCUAGACUUGUUGUAUUUUUCCACCCCAGUGAUACUUCACUUUCCCCUUUUUUACUUCAUUUUCCUUUAGUAACUUAACUUGUCAUGUUCAGUUUUCAUUUCACUUUUUGCUCUUUUUCUUGAAUAUAUUCUAAUUUGGAAAGUCAGUGAAACUGUCAAAAUGUUAGUUAUCUCAAUAAGGUACUUGUAAUUAAAAUAUUAUAUGAGAGCUACAAUCACUAAUUCUACUGUAUUAAAUAUUAGGAGAUAUAGUUUGAUUAAAAAAAACAUGGCUUGUAUGAAAACUGAACAAGUAAGUGUAUGUCGUUACCUGUAGCGUUCUGUGUAGUUCCCUUACUGCUUAGUCUGCAGAGAAUGGUGACUUAGAUGUCUGAUUUGCUUUCACUUAUUAAACAUGUUCACCAUGGGAUGAUGUCUAUAAAAUCAGAUACUGUUAUAUUAGAUUAGGAUUUAAUAAAAAUUGUGAAAGCUUAUUGGCCUAACAUUUUAUUUUGUAACAUGGAGUAUAUAUAUAGCCAGAGAUCUCACUGAGCUUUACUGUCAUAGUAAUGUGAUCAGUUUUUGGAGGAAAGAGUAGAUAGAGCAUAUUCUUACUGGCCUUUUCUUAGUAGGCUUGGUUCUUUUGCAGUUUUAUCUCUCGGAUAGUAGUAUUCUAGACUUAAUGUUAAGUUUUAGCAGGUACUCUGAAGUGAUUUUCACUGAACCAUAGUGAUGAAGCAGAUCCAGAUUGAGGCACAAAUUUCAGGGGCUUUGCAGCAAUAAAUAGGGCAUGGUGUGCCUUAGGUAAAGAAUGUAAAGGAGCUAUAACUGAAAUUGAAGAAGGUGGCAGUGAAGAGGAAGGAAUUCUCUUCACACUAAAUGAUAACACGUGAUAUUUUGAACACAUUGAUAGGACACAGUUCUAAAUGGAAUGGUAAAAGAAACGUUUAAAGACGUGAAAAAUUCUUAACAAAUUACAUAUUUUUGGUAGCUAAUCUUCAAUGGUUUACUGCCAUAUCAGAGAGUUGCACUAUUAUACCAACUUUGAUUACUGCAUCUAAAACAUUUUAUAGUAGAAUUGUCAAGGACUUGAUUUCAAAACCGGCUGCCAGGACACAUACAGUUACUAAAUUUUUUUUCUGGCAGCUAUUCUGUUUUAAGUCUGUUUUUACAUUUUUUAGAUGAUUUUUUAGUGUUUUUAGCAGUAGCCCUAAUAGGUGCAUAAUUGGGGAAGUAAAUCCUCUCUUCUGGUAUUUUAGCAUCCAAAUAAUAGGUACCAAAAGUGUUCAAAAUGGUAUUUUAGACAAAUCAUGCUUGAUUGAUAAUUUCCCCUUAUUUGGGAAUAUAAAUGUGUUCUAUUAACUUAAUUGGGUGAAUUUGUAAAGUAUUCCUAGAUAUGUAUACAAGAAAGGGUAGUUAGAACACAGAGCUUUGAUUUCGGUGUAGUUGAAGGAGUAAUGGGUAGAUUUCCUAGGUAUGUAUGAAUUCAGGGUGCCGUGUGCAUUUUGAACCAAUCUGAUACAGAGGUGGUGCUGAAAUCUACUACCCAGGCAUUUUGUAGCUGUAUAGCAUUAGGUCAUCAAAACCUUCAUGUAAGGAGAGUUUCCCUGGCAGAAUUUGAUAGGUUGACUGCUAAAUUCAUUUAAAUCUACUACUGGAUAUGCAAUACACAGACAUUAUUUGUCUUUUUUUGGGUGCAGGAAACGAUGAGAACUGGGUUUAAAAGAAGAGAGCAAUUAACUGUACUAAAAAGAGAAGAUAGGGGACUGAUGUUUUCUGUUUAAACUUCUCUUCCUGGUAAGGUUUCUUCCAGGAAGAAAGCUUGGCAUUUUGAGACAGCAGUUUCUUACUUCGUGUUGCCAGAAUGGAUUUAAUUGAUGCCAGAUCCGAGUGUAGUUGUAGCAGGGUGUUUCUAAUGGGGUUUUCCCUCUUUGUCUUUUAAAGUAUGAGUGGCAUUUGACCAAUUUCCAAUGCCCUUGGUGUUUUAAAGAAAACCACUAAAAAAGAAAAACUCUUAAUAAUUUGAUUAUUCUCUUUUGCUUCUUAAAUGCUUUUGAAGAAUACUACCUCAUUAGCCAGUCAAGUUGCUGUGGUGAUGUACCUAUUUCUACAUAGGAGAAAAGACUUAGGAAAAAAAGUAUGUUCAUCCUGGCUUGGCUAUUGAGGGGAAAAGAGAAAGAAUUGGGUGUUACUUAGGUAUUCCUGACACUUAAAAGUCAGAAGAGCACUAUAAAAGUUUGAAAAUUUAAAAAAGCACUGGCUGAUAUUUUGGUGUCUCCUGAAAUUCUUUGCUAUUUACUUUUUAUGGAAAUUAAUCCAGUGAAAAACUUGAAAGUUUUUUUUUCUUUUUUUAAGCGGUAUUUUCCAGAUAAAGACUAGGGGUAAACAUUCACAUAGUCACAAAUAUGUAAUUUUGUAAUUGUGGAAUAACCUGUAUGCUUUGUUUGGUACAUCUUCCAUGGAGAGUCAAUGAAUACAAUACUCCAUCUGUGAAUAUUUUAAAUGUUGAAAUAAAAAUAAGAAAUGUG